AUGUCAUCGCGUCAACGCAUUUGUUCGAACGAGGACCGUCGUCAUCGUGAUCGUGAAAGAGAUUGUGAUGAUCGAAACGAUUGGAAUAGACAACGGUCAAGGAGUCGUUCACCUCGUCAAGACAAUGCCUAUUCGAGCGCUUACAAUAAACUCGAGAUGGAAAGAAAGCAAAAUACGAAUCCAUUGAAUGGGGUCACGUUGUCGCGUCGAUAUUGGGAUAUCUACGACAAACGAAGCAAGCUGCCUGUUUGGGAAUAUAAGAAGUCAUUUCUUAAAAUGCUUCAUCAAAAUCAGAUUUUGACGCUUGUCGCGGAGACUGGAUCUGGAAAAACAAUGCAAAUUCCACAAUGGUGCUUGGAGUAUGCAAGGAGAUAUGCGAUUCCCGGCAAGAAGUCACUCGUCGCAUGCACUCAACCAAGGAGAGUGGCAGCUAUGUCUGUUGCAACUUGUGUCGCCGAUGAAUUGGACGGGCAAAUUAGACAAGAGGUCGGGUAUUCAAUUCGUUUUGAUCGUUUCGGAGCGAGCUUUGCUGAAGUACUGCACCGAUGGUAUGCUUUUGAGAGAAGCAAUGAGUUGCCCUCUUUUGGACAACUAUUCGGUGAUCAUUCU